AUGGCGCUACGAUCACCCACAGUACCAAAAUUAAUAAUGCAAUUUCGUAAGAAUGCUAUUGGAAUAACAUCAGAUAUUAAAAAGGACUUCUUACAAAUCAGUCUGAACCCAAAGGACAGAGACUACUUUCAGUUUUUAUGGUGGAAAGAUUUUUCAAAAAGAGAGGAAUUGAUCCCCCUGAGACAUUGUCGAGUGGUAUUUGGUGCUUCUCCUAUUCCAUUUUUACUUGAGGCAACGAUGGCUCAUCAUCUAGAGAACGUUUCAGAUGGAAGGAAGGAAACAGCUCGUCAACUUCAAAAAUCCUUUUAUGUAGAUAAUUGCAUAACUAGUUUAGAAACAAGAGAAGAGGCAGCCAAAUUUAUUUCUGAAGCUAAAGAACUGAUGUCUGCAGCCAAAUUUCAUUUACGAGGUUGGGUUACUUCUGAAAAAAUUGUAGGAGAAACAAAAGUGAGAUAUAUUCCAAUACUAGAACUUUCCUGGGAUACUGAAAAUGAUGAACUUUCUUGUAACGGUGCUAUUAAAAUUGCAGAAGAAAAUAUAACUAAACAAACAUUAUUAUCUAUUGCUCAACGAAUUUACGACCCAAUAGGAUUUACGAGUCCAACUACUCUAAUUCCAAAGAUCAUUCUUCAAAAAACAUGGAAAAGAAAAAUUAAUUGGGAUGAUGUGCUUCUACCAGAUAUAUGUAAUGAAUUUUUAGCCUGGUACAAACAUGUAAAUCUGCUAAAAGAUUGCAAAAUCCCAAGAAGACUCAUUUCAAAUCCUUUUAAAGAUUGUCAGAUAGGUCUUCACUGUUUCAGUGAAACCAGUGAAGCCUCUUAUGCCACAUGUAUUUUUUUACGUGCUGAAUAUAACGGGAAAGUUUCCGUUCAAUUAGUAGCAAGUAAGUCAAGAGUGUCACCAACAAAGGAAAUUACGAUUCCUCGAUUAGAAUUGUUGGAAGCUCUUAUAUUAUCCCAAUUAUAUUGCCAAGUGACAGAUGGACUUGAGGUAAAAUUUAAUGAAGUAUACUUUUGGACUGACUCGACUGUUGUCUUAACGUGGAUUAAACGGGAUAGUUCUUGGAAUACAUUUGUAAGAAAUAGAAUAACUGAAUUAAGAAAAUAUACCAAUUCUGAUAACUGGUAUUUCGUGCCAGGUCAUAUGAAUCCAGCAGACCUUCCUUCAAGAGGUUGUGAUGCAAAGAUUUUAUUGAAGAGCAAGUGGUGGUAA